CAGAAGCUCAUCAAGAUUCAGACUCCUCAUUAAUGGGCCAAAUCCAGCUAUGAUCUCAUAGAGAAGAUGGAAAAAUUCUCCAUAUCUAUGGAGUGCCCUUUGAGGUUACUUUCAUUAUUCACUUUAGGGCAACUAUUAACCUACCAUUUCACCAAAUAUAUUCCAGAAAAAUUCACUGAGCGCCUACUGUGUACUAGGCAUUGUCGUUGGCUUGGAGUCGUCAAAGAUCAGUGAGGUGGGUUUCUCAAGCUGUGAGCCUUCCCAGAGGGAUUUAAGUACUACAGAGAUGAAAAGGCCUUGGUGAAAUUGAGACAGCCUCUGGGAUCCAAGUUUGGGAAACUUGCUAGUGUCAGAAAUGGAUUUCUUUUUCAGUGAAAAAUUUCUUGAGCAGUGAGGUCGCAGGCUGAGAUUUGAUAGUGAUUUCAAGGAAGCCUAAGUUACGGAACUUUUGAGCUGUCCCUCACCCUAUGCUUUUAAUUAUGCCAACAAUUAAAAUUAAUUAACAGGCUAAAUGCCUGUUAUCUGGGGAGAGUAAGCGUGCUGCUAUCAGCAAAGGGACACCUAAACAUUUCCUCUUGUAAAUACUCUUUCCCUUUAUCAGUUAAAAGUCCAGUGUAAAGACCAGGCCUUCCCGUCUGCCACCAUUUUUUCCCCCACAUUCCUCAUUAAACUUUAUUUGAUUCUUACUAACUUUUAGCUUUGGAGUAGUUCAGAAUAUUCCCCAAAGAUAUUUUAAGUACCCUCUGAAAUCGUCACAGUAUUGCAGGAAUACGGUUUUAGAAUCAAGAGAUAUUUUUUCUCAUUCUCAUUUUCCUUUUCUUUAACAUGAAAUACUAAUAAUAUCAUUUUUAUUAUAAGUCCUUGUGCUGAUUACUAAAUAAUGUGUAUGUAAAACUCCAGCUGCCAAGUAGGAGGGCUUCAAUAAAUUCUACUACCUAGAAACUGCCGAAGAUUUUAAAACAAGGAUUUAAUACACACAUUUUUUAAAAUGUUUAAAAAUAAAGUGAACUCUCAUGGUGCCAUAUAUUUUUCCAAAAAUGAAACUGAUAAGGAAUGUUUCAAGAAAACAUUUUCAAUCUGGUCCAGUUCAUCUGCCACCUAAUCAUGUAACUGAGGAAAGAAGACUUUUGUAAGACCACUUCCUUCUUAUCUUCCUUGAAGAUCUGUAAGCUCCCUUCCCCCUUUCCCCUCCCACUUUCCUGAGGAAUCCUGGUUUGGGGAGGAGACGGUAGCCUCCUGGUGGGAGGAGAGGAAGGACUAUAAAAUCAAUUUCCUGUAGCCCUGGACGGCAGAUCUUCUCUCUUUCCCUUUUGGAACCAGCUUGGAAAGAUGAAAGAUGGAUGCUCACAAUUUGGAAAUGAGAGCUUGAAUGAAGAAUUGAGAAGGCAAGUCUGUGGUCCACAUACACAAUCCCAGAGAAAUUCAGCACCCAGAGACUAGUAUCACUGAGAAAUCUACGCACAAGUGCUCUCUCUGCUGAGAGACAAACCAAGACUCUGCUGUUCUGCCCAGCAUAGACCAAGAAGACAUGAAAUCCCUAAUGGAAGGAAACUUAGAAGAUUGCCUGCUGAAUAAGGUGGACUUGAGGCGCCAGUGGAUUUCCCAGACGGUGGAAGAGGUGCAGAAAAUUGUCCAUCAUCUGACCACAGAAAUCAGCUACCAAGACACUCGAUUUCAAGCCGUCCUUUACUCUGACACGUACAAUGAGAACGUUAAGGUUUUGGCCCCCACCCAGCUCCUCAUCACAGUCCCGAUGAGAGGCCUGGCCGGGUACAGGGAGGCCCGGCAGCAGCGCUGGCGCUACUACACCCUGCAGGGCGCCCGGCUGCCCUGCCCCCUGCGGGACCCAGAGGGCCUGCAGCAGUGGCUGGAGGUGGAGCAGUUUCUGAAGAGCCUGUGGCAGUGGCACGAGGCAGAUGUGAACAUUGACGGAGACAUUGUGCCUGCCAAGGUCCUCCAGGUGUUCCGGAAACUGGUCGAAAACGCAAUUGAAACCUGUCACCUGUCAGGUAAGGUCAGCAUGCUAAUGGACCGCCCUGCAGUUCGAGUUGCCGUGGAAACCUCCACAGGUCCGGUGGAACUAGAGCUGACCCCCUCAGUGGAGAUCCCCACCGCCUGGUCCAAGAAAGCCCGGUGGCCUUCGUGUCUGAGGCGCUGGCCUUCUGCAGAGAGAGUGCAGUGCAUCAAGUCAUUUGGGUUUAGCUUGUUGGCCUGUUCAAACUAUCACUGGCAGCUGAGCUUCUUGCGGGCUGAACGGGUGCUGCUGGAGCAGCUGGAUGAGGACGGGGGCUGCCGCAGGAAGUGUCUUCAGGCCAUGAGGCAGAUGAAGGAGGACGUCUGGUGUCCAGGGAAAAGACCUGUGAUCACAUCCUACCACCUUCAGACAGUGCUCUUCUGGACUUGUGAGAAGUAUCCCCACCCAAAGGACUGGCGGGUCUUCAGCAGAGCGUUCCUGCGCCUGGUAAGGAAGCUGCACAAGUGCGUGAGCCAGCACUUUCUGAAACACUACUUCGUGCGGAAGAGCAACCUCCUGCGGUACGCCAAUUCAGGCGAGCUGGGGGCCCUGGCCCAGAAGCUGGCCUUCUUCCUGCAGAACCCCCAGAUCAGCCUGCCCUGAUGCUGCCCUGCGUGGGACGCUCUUGGACAUUUCAUUCAAGCUUGACCUCACUCUCUGUGGAUCGUUCCUCAGUCAGAGGCCGGGAUCCUGCCCAGGAGAGAAGCAACGGACGGCAGAGGAAAAUUCCAUCAACACAGCAGCACUUCAGGGGGGAAAACCUGUGCCCCAAGAUGUCUGGUCCAGGCCUCCCUGCAGCCAAGCAAGCAUUUCUGCCCCCACUAGCUACCUCUUUGGGAGACGGCUCUCAUCAAGCUUCCCCGAGCCAUAGUUUCCGAACCGAAGACAGUUCUGAAUUUAUUUUCCCUUGCUCAGGCUCUGGUUGUCUGUCAGGGAAGAUGUAGAGAGAACCCCCGGAAGGUCAGGCAUCAGCCUGCUGCCCACGAGUGGUUCUCCAGCCCACUGACCACGGGCUCAUUAUUUUUCCAUUUGUAAAAUGGGACUGUUCAUAUGCCUCCCUCAGAGCAGGGCUGCGAGCCUACGGACUGUGCUGCUGCCCUUUCAAGGGGAAGGUGCUGGAUCAACACAAAGUGUUACUCGUUGGUUCAGUGGCUGGUGUUUGCAUUCAGGAUCAGUAUCUACACCACCGAUUAAAUGAUGACGUCUGAUGGGUUAGCAUGCCCGUGUGCCCUCCAGUUCUCCUAAACUGUGGCUCUGCCUGCUUCCCUGGUGUUCUCUAAGAAGGGAGGAGUGGUUUUGAUGACUAGUGCAGUCAAAGAUGAGAGUACAGCAACCCCAGUGACUGCCCUUCCUUGCUUCCCAUGCCGUGGGUCAGGGAUGAGACAUCCUUCUAUUUAUGGAAUGAACUCGGUACUGUGAUCUGCAUGGAAUGACUUUGGUGUCACUCACCUCUCGGUUCCUUCCUUUGCUCACUUAGCGGUUCACUUCCUCAUUCAUUGAUAAAUAUAUAUGCAUUAGGUACUGGGGAUGCAGCAAGAGCAAGAUGGGCAGGGACUUACCUGAUGCAGAUGACGCCUAAUGGUAAAGACAGGAAAUGAACAACAGAUAAACACAUUUGAUUAUUACAAAUUGUAGCAAGUGGCCUGAAGAAAAGAAACAAUAUGGAAAUAGAGCCACAGAGAGAUCCUUGAAGGAUGAAAAUGCCAACAGCUGAAAGGGAAGAAAAGGGGGCCAAGGGCAGACUUAGAGGGGCUGGCAUGAGCCAGAUCACUUGGCCUUGUAAACCUGGUAAGGAAUUUGUAUUUUACUCUAAAAUCAGAUGUGUGAUGUUUGACCUCUCCAGAAGCAGAAGGGUAUCACGAUUUGAUUUGCAUUUUAAAUGCCUAUUCUGGCAACUGUGUAAAGGAGGUCUGGGGACCCACACGAGGAAGGGGACACUGAAGGCCCUUGAGCCCACUCAUUUUGAAUUUCACCAAGGUCCUCAAGGUCACACAUCCUGUGACACACACACACCAGGAAUUCCAGUUCUCGGGAGAGCCGUAGUUUCUUCUGGCACUUAGUUACGCUUCGCAAUUCAAGGGAAUCCUUUAUUACUUAGAACAUUUUCCCCAGAUAAAUAAUUUCUAGAAGCAAGAACUGCUGAUUCUUUUUAAAAUAAAAGUCACAUAUGAAAAUGAAAACAAUUAUUUUUACAAAAAUACUGUAACCAAGUGGUGGGGUCCUUGGACCAUCACAUAGGAAAUCAUGGUUUUAAAAUGUUGAACAAACUCACAAUCAGUGUAUAGUUUUUGAAAACAUGAAAGUAUGAACAAACCAAUAUUUUAUUAAGUCAUCAAAACCUGCAUUCAAAUUCUCAUAUUCUUGGAUCCUGAGAAACAUUUUCGAGAAGGUGGCAGAUAUAUAUUUUUUAAUGAUGAAAACAACUGACACAAGUUUUAAAACAGCUGCACAGUCACGGAAUGCCAAGUGAAAGUUGACUGUACCAUUGAUUUGAAAUGUAUGGGAGGGAGUGGGACUGACAUACUCCACAGUCUGAUUCCAGUAGAUGCUUCCCACCUUUCCCUAUGGGUUUGUAGUUUUUGAAUGAAGUAGGGCUGUCUGCACAUUCCUGGGUGUUCCUAACUGCUGGCCAGCAGAGAGCAGUGGGGGACUGCUUAUGAAAAGAGCCAGGUUCCCACCCAUGCACCGCAGAGCCCAGCAGGUGUCGCCCUCCUCAGCUCAUAAUUUACACCGGGCUUCUCCAAAAAGGGAACCAGGGACUGAGGACUUCAGUGGAUGCAGAGUUGUUGGCCUUUACUGCCGUUUUGGUCAAAAACUAUAGUCUUUUUGAUUAAAGCUCAGAUUUAAAAAGGGAGUGUAUGAGAGGACAGUUCAUCUAUUCUGUUUCCUGGGACAGAUUGCACAGCUCUGAAAGUCUAAUAAUAUAAUAGUACUCCUUUAUUCGGAAGCUUUUUUUCUUUAAUUCUCCAAAAGCCUUUUUUCAUGCAUCUCCACUCUUCUCGGCCCCAGACUGUUUUUCAGUGGAAUCGUUGGCAUUCAGAGACUGCAACUGAUCUGCUUGCAUUCGCAUCCCAGCUCUUACACUGUACCUGCAUGCCCUUGGCAAGUUGUUCAACCUCCCUAAAUCUCCAUUUCUUUAUGGGCAUUGUUAUGGGCUGGAUUGUGGCCCCCAGCCUCCAAAUUCACAUGUUGAAGCCCUAACUUCCAGUACCUCAGAAUGUGACUGUAUUUAGAGCUAAGGCCUUUAAAGAGGUGAUUAAGUUAAAAUGAGGCCGUUAGGGUUUGGGCCCUAAUCCAAUAGGACUGAUGUUCUUAGAAGAAGAGGUAGAGAGACACCAUGGGCAAGGGUGCAAAGGAAAAAGGCCAUCUGCAAACUGAGCAGAGGCCUCAGGAGAAACCAGCAAGGCUAGUACCUUGAUCGUGGGCUUGCAGCCUCCAGAACUGUGAGAAAAUAAUUUUCUGUCGUUUAAGCCAUGCUGUUUAAGUCUGUGGUAUAUUGUUAUGGCGACCCUGGGAAAUGAAUACAUCAUAAGAGAAUAUAUACCUCACUACUUUGAUGAGGGGGAUAAACAGAGCAAUGGAUGUACAAAACUCUUCGUUUAGACGUGGCAUGGAGUAACUGUGGAAUAAAUGUGUAGCAUUUUAGAUGCCUACUCCUCAUGUCCGUUUGUCCAUUUGAUAACUACCACCACCCCACAGAUAAAUUCUUCACAAAGAAAUUAGAAACCAUCACAAGGAAAACAUGCCCAAAAUACACCACAUAUUCCAUAAACCCAUCUUUUCCUUUGUCACUCUUGUUGCAAUAGAGGAAUAUCUCUCCUGAUUUCUCCAUGUGUGAUGGGCUGGCCCCCCCAGCUUCUCAGGGCCGUCUUCCCUGUAGCAUCCUCCACACCCUACCCCAAUCACCACCUGCCUCUCUUCCCCCUUUUCUAUCCAGCUUCCCGAAUUAUUAUACAUGUGUCUCCACUUCCUUACCUCUUCACACUUUUCUAAUUGUAAAAAAUAUCAUACAUGCGAGAGUCUAAACUGUUUCAAGAAUUAUAGUAAAACAAAUACCAAUAUACUCACUGUCUAGGUGAAAAAAAUAACAUUUUGCCAAUACUUUAGAAUUCUCCUAGGUGACCCUUCUGUUCCUUAGCCCCCUCUCUCCCUGAACAUAGGUAAUUGUGAUCCCAAAUUUUAGGUUAGUCAUUCUGCUGCUUUUCUUUCAUUCUACCACCUAUCAUAUUUCAUUGAACCUAAGCCCCCAACAAUUGUGAGAUGCAUUAUU